AUGAAAGACAUCGAAGAAUUACGCGCGAAGGUGAAAGCAAACGGUGCACGAGAGAAAGAAGAAGUGAGUAAGGUGAAGAAUAGGGUGCAUGAAGAGCUCCAAAAAGAAAUCUUGGACUCGCUAAGGUGCGGUUCCCUUUACAUUAGAAGGAUUGACCGACAAGUCUCAUCAUACUUCAGGUCACAAAUCACAAGCGAGAUUAAGAGCGUAAUCGAGAAGGAGACUAAAAACCAGGUCGACCGCCAGAUCAGCGACCAUAUUUCCAUUCCUCUAGCCAAGCAAAAAGAAGAAACUGAGGGAAGAUUAUCCGAGGUCAAAGUGUCGUUGGUCAAUUCGAGAGCGCGUAUAGCCAAUGCGGCGAUUACAUUAGAACAUAUGAAUGACAAACUUGAUGUGCUGCUGAAGAAAGAUGGGGAGCGGAGUAAAAUCUAUCCUGCUGAUAUAACUUCGUUGCUUGCCUAUGAUGCGAAAAUGGUUCGCGAUUUGCUCUGCGAUUAUGGACUGGAGAGCGAUGCAGAUCUCAAUGUUAAUUUAAAUCGGUUCAUUCACUAUAUCGGCGAGUGUUCUUCAUGUCGUGAGCAAGUGUUUUCUUAUUAUUCGUCUUCAGGUAUCCCGCAAGACUCGCGUAUUGCAAUAGCAUGA